GUGACGGCGACACUGACGGAGAGGUGGGGGGGGCGUGCGUCCUUAUCCUUCGGCGACGAUGGAAUGACUAAAUGAAUCAAUGAUGGUGGGUGGAAAAUAAUUGAGUGAAAGGAGGGGGGAGGGUGUGGACUGGCGGCCAGACGUGGAAGUCGCCACACACACGCGUGGCUAGGGGACUGUGACGGCAAUGCCGUGUAGGUCGCCCUUUCACGUCCCCCCCCACCCCCAACCCACCCACCCAGGGGCGACUCUGACGGCAAGCCAUAUUGCGAUGUUGAUCCUGAUAGCAAUUUUCCAUAGAUCCAUGCUUGGGAAGGGGGGGGUGAUUCACGACGGCAAACACCAAGGGGGGGGAGGGAGGGGGGAGGGACGGUGACGGCGACACUGACGGAGAGGUGAGGGGGCGUGCGUCCUUAUGCUUCGGCGACGAUGGAAUGACUAAUGAAUCAAUGAUGGUGGGCGGAAAAUAAUUGAGUGAAAAGGGGGUGGAGGGGGGGAGGAGAGGUGAUGGGGGGGGCUGGCGGGCAGACGUGGCAGCCGCCCGCCACACACGCGUGAUUAGGGGGACUCUGACGGCGCCUGCCAUAGAAGUCGCCCUUUCCCUUUCAUUCACGGAAUCCUGGAGGGUGGGAUGACCGAGUGUUGCCAUCACGCGUUCCCUCCGACAUCUCAAUACAUCCCCUAUGGUCAAGGUCGUCGCGACUGCCGCACGAGAUCCCGUUACCUGUCCAUCCUUUUUACCUGGAGAAAGCGUCUGUGACGGCCAGGGCGGAGCGGCGGCCUCUUCCACUUUCACCGACCACCAGCGGCAUGGCUGACGUAAUACUUAUGUCGGAUGGCGGUCUUAUUACUAUCAUUAUUAUUAUUAUUAUUAUUAUUAUUAUUAUUAUUAUUAUUACUAUUAUUAUUAUUAUUAUAGCCGACACGUGCUCCCUCCGAUAUCUCAGUACAUUCCCCUAUGGUCAAGGUCGUCGCGACUAUCCACGUCGUACCGCCAUAAUCUCCAGUCUGCCGACGUAUAUAUGUCAUGAAAAGGUAAAGUUUAAAGUCAGUCUGUUAGUUGACAGGGUUUAAAAAACAUGUCAUUGAGAGAUAGUGACGAUAUAUACGUAUACCUAUCUUCUCUUGCAGGUGGUAGGUCAUUUCCCAACAACACAACAACAGAAUUUGAAAACAGAAUCUUACCCAUUCAUUUAGACACCGGCAGGGAUUAUGAAGUCGGCCUGUGUAAUAUUUUAUUCCCUAAAUAUUUCUACUGCAUUGCGGAAGGGGAUCCAAAUUCCAGUAUAUCGUUCUAUGGUCGGGUUAAGCAGUCAGACUUUGAUAUGUAUGAAUAUAAUAUGUAUACCUAUCUACCGGAAAGGAAUAUCAUCUCCAAUUUUACCGAUAAGAACAUACCGGCCAUAACUAAGGCAAUUAAUGGACAGAUAGUGAGAGAACUUCAAGCAAUCUUGAAUGACUCCUUUAAGAUCUAUUUCCCUUACUCGGAUAUCAUUUAUUAUGACCGCGACUUGGAGCGGGUCGUUGUGAAUAACGCGAUUGUCCCUCCUAAUGACGAUCGUAUUUACAGUGAUAUAAGUAUAAAAUUUGCAUCGCAUAUAGCUCACAUUCUGGGUUUCAAUCCAAAUUUUCGCUACACCGUCUACUUUCAAAGAUCUGGCGACGGCAUUUCAUCUUCCGACGCCAGCGAAGCUUCCUCCUCAUCACCCAUAAAAUUAUUCGCUCAAUACGUACCGCGAGCUGAUGCAGGGACGGAUUAUAUGUACGUUUAUACCGACAUCAUUUCCCCCUCGCGAUUUGGCAACCAACUAGUUAAUAUAUUAGACGUCAUACCACUCCCCGGCGACAGCACCAGUAAAGGUGCGAAUUCAAUUACGUAUAAACCACUUUCUGCAUCAACUAUAGAGAGUGUGGCCAUCAAAAUUGCUAAUCAAAGAGGCAAACCUAUUCAGUUUGAAGAUGGGGAAAACAGUGUUACUUGCGUGUUACAUAUAAGACCACGUUAACUUUGCGUCUCGGACGUAAAAUUUUGAAGAGAAUCGAUCAAGGUGGGAUAAUGGGUGGAGUGGAGGAUAAUGAAACAGGCAGGUGUUGCCUACUUCCGAGUCAAGGCACGCGCCUCGCGACCAUCUGCGCGGGAAGCUUCAGUGUUUCCCCGCGCGGCAUGGCGGCCGGGACAAAGUGUUGACAAUGUUAUAGAAAAAAAAAGAAAAGAAAAUGGGUGUUCACUGUGGAACAGCAGAGGCGCGGAUUUUAUGUGAAGUGUGUGGGAGAUGGCGCACUAAUCCAUCCUGCCCCUCAUGUGUGGAAGACCAGUGUGAUUUAUGCGAGCGGUGUGGACUUCUGUUUCCACAUCCACCGCCAGAACACACCUGCGAAGUUGGCAAUCCUGCUUCUUCUGGCUCACACUCGAUUGAGGUUGAGCAGAACGCCGGCGUAGAAGGCCCACGUCGGCGGACGUCACAAGGCGACAUCCCACGCGGAGGCGGGGGAAGAGACUCGCCACGGCCGGGACCGAGUGGAUUAUCGGGGAACGUAUUCAAUUCUUCCGAGACUUCAAGUCCUUCACUACCUACACAAGACACGCCACAAGCGGAGGCGGACCACGAUGAGCGCAGCAUGGCAGGAGAGUCGGCGGAUGCAGACCUUGACGAGCGCGGGAUGCCGGAAGAGCCGCGGUUAAUUGACUCGAGGGAAAAUUUUAUGAGGAGCUUCACCAGACAUCAAUAUGACAUACCUGAUCAUAACGCAUCUCUUUCCGCUUUGAUAUCUAUCUGGGCGAUGCUGGGGGUAAGCGAAGCCGUGCUGACCAUGAGGAUGUCAAUGUGGAGAAAAUGUCAGAACCUGCAAAGAAGAAAUUGAUCUUUAGUGAUGACGACAUGUCGCCACUGCCGGCCAGCCCACCUCCUGACGCUCCAUCAGGACAGGAGUCGCAACAGCAGCAGCCGACAUCGCAGUCGAUUCCGCCACCUCAGGAGUCGCUGAUGCCACCUCCGACCGA